AUGACUCCGGGAGAGAACUCCGGUGCAAAUGCUCAAGCAAGUCAAAAAAUCGGUAAGCAUCGCAGAUCGACAUCUUUAGCUUUUGUCGAGGAAAUGAUGUUCUGGCUAUUCAUGCCUUUCAUUGAUGUCAUCUAUGCGUUGCCUGGGAGCAGUGCUAGUGAGUCUAGAGAGGAAUGUGGCUUAAAUAGUUUCAUACAAUUUCUGCUACGCAUUUGUUCGGCACAUUUCGAAGGGGGCGAGAAAAAGGAAGGUGAUAUUCCUGUGCCGGAUCCGCAGUUGGACGCACCGAUCUCGAUUGAGCUCCCGCCAAAAGAAACAAAAAGCAGCGAUCGACGACGAGGACUCCAGCAGCCGAGGUCAUCAGCUCGUUCUGCACCCUGCUCCAACAGCUCCGCAGCAAGCACCUCCGUGAAACGAGGUCGUUCAUUGGCGGUCACCGCUGAUUAUUUGGCUAGCUGGAAGAAUCGCUCCGUUACUGACGGUCACUUCUGAAAACUCGAAAAGCUUGGGGAGGGAAGAAAGAGGGAGGAUGGGAAAUUCUCGGGCGGAUGGAUUGUAACUCGAUUCGCACCUGUCACAGUAAGCAACGGCAUCAUCGUUAAGCAGUUAACCGAAGGACAAAGGUCAGCAGAUCUCCGGGAAAAGGAGGGGAGGGACGGGGAAGCUGCUGAUGGUGAUGUUAUAGGUGGAGCGGGGGCGCUGCCCCAGCCAACCACCCACCCAUCUUGGCGUCUUCCUUUUGCAUGUGCAACUGAGAAUUCAAACCCUCCGUGCAGCUCACUUCGCUUUCCAUCAUCCUCCAACAAUAAUAACGCUGCUGCUACCACAACUGCUGCCACCACUACCACAACUGCUGCCGCCGCAUCAGCCGAAUCUUCAACUGACCUCGGACACAAUCAUUUCGUCGCAAAUAUACUAACCAUGAGCGGUCGUAUGUCGAAUGGCGCCACAGGACGUCCGCUGGUUGCACUUCUGGAUGGCCGGGAUUGUACCGUUGAAAUGCCAAUUUUAAAGGAUGUAGCAACGGUAGCAUUCUGUGAUGCGCAAUCUACUCAUGAGAUUCAUGAAAAGGUUCUUAAUGAAGCGGUUGCUGCAUUGAUGUGGCACUCAAUAACGCUUGAACGCGAAGAUUUAGAAAAAUUUAAAGCACUGCGGGUAGUUGUACGGAUCGGUACAGGUACUGAUAAUAUUGACGUGAAAGCAGCAACAGAUCUCGGGAUUGCUGUAUGUAACACACCCGGUGAUUGUGUUGAAGAAGUAGCCGAUACAACAAUGUCGUUAAUUUUAAAUAUGUAUAGGAAAACAUUUUGGUUGGCGAAAGCAGUUUCAGAAGGGAAAAAGGUUAGUGGUGUAGAGCAGGUACGCGAAUUGGCUAGUGGUAGUACACGAAUUCGCGAUGAUACUUUGGGUAUUAUUGGUCUUGGUCGUGUAGGUACAGCGGUAGCGAUGCGUGCUAAAGCGUUUGGAUUCAAAAUUUGCUUUUUUGAUCCGCAUUUGCCAGAGGGCGUCGACAGGUCGUUGGGUAUUGAACGCUGUUACAAUCUCGAUGAUAUUUUAUUCAAAUCCGAUUGUAUAACGUUGCAUUGCCCACUAACGGACGAAACGAGGCAUAUGAUCAACGAUAUGACAAUCAAGCAAAUGCGACCAGGUGCGUUUAUUGUAAACACUUCGAGAGGUGGUCUUAUUCAGGAAAGUGCAUUGGGUGAAUCGCUUAAAUCGGGGCAUAUUAAAGCUGCAGCACUUGAUGUCCAUGAACAUGAACCCUUCGAUCCCCUUGCCAUGGGACCUUUAUCGGCUGUACCGAAUAUCAUCCACACUCCUCAUUGCUCAUGGUAUUCGGAUGCUUCGUGCAAGGAAUUGCGUUUAUCAGCAGCACGAGAAGUUCGGCGAGCUAUCGUUGGUAGAUGUCCUCAUGAUCUCAGUAACUGUGUCAAUAAGGAAGCUCUCCUUGCUGGACAUACUCGGAGGCCAACAUCAUCUACAUCCUUAGCGCCGAAUGUAUCGAGCUCAUUUAAUCCUUUGAUGCCAUCAUUUGGGACGUCUAUCGCUGAUGGAUUUAAUGGCUUACCAGUUGGUGGCAAUUUGCCAUCAUUUCCUUAUUCGAAUCCACUGUUAGCGAUGAGCAACCCAUUAUUGAAUCCUUUGAUGAUGAAUCCUAGUACAGCUGCAUUAGCUAGUUUUGCAAAUGCUGCGGCGAAUACACCACACAGUAGUCCGGCUGCUGCACUUUCAACAUUGGCUGCUGCUUCAUCUGCAAUGACAACUAGCGUUGCACCGGUUGCCAGGCAAUCACCUGCGGUUCAGGUAUCCCACUCACCAAAGGCAAAUAAUAACAGUCGUACUACGGUUUCACCAGCUGCAAGACCGACAUCCUCACCCGAUGGCCUAGCUGAAGUAAAAGAUGAUACUCCACCUGCACAACAGACUAGUUCGCAGCCUCAUCUAACCUCCAGUUCAUCUUCGGCGGCAUCACCUUGUAGAAGUCCAGGAGCAUCUAAUUUACCUAAGGUGCCGACUAUAUCGGUUGAUCCACUGGCUUCAGUGGUUCCGGAAGAGUCUGCUACCGCUCCAGUCAAACUUGACGCGGAAUAA